GCCGCCUAUAUCCAUGUCGCCACCACGUCACAUUCUGAAGCUAAGUCUGGAGGAGCAGCGCCAGUUCAUCGACUCCUUCGAUCUGGUAAUCAGCGAUUGCGAUGGUGUCGUUUGGCUCCUGGUGGGCUGGAUUCCCAACACCGGGCCCGCCGUGAAUGCCUUGAAAGCAGCCGGCAAGCAAAUCAAGUUUGUGUCUAAUAAUAGCUUCCGUUCCGAAGAGGGUUACAUGGAGAAGUUCCGGUAUAUAGGUGCCAAGAAUGUCCAAGAGGACGACAUCGUCCAUCCGGUGAAAACCAUUGUCAGGUACCUGAAGAAGCACAAGCCAGGGGAAAGGGUAUUCUCCCUCAUGUCUCUGGAGGCCAAUGAGACGUUGCGUAAGCACAAUAUCGAGUUCGAGUCGCUGCAAGUCAAGGAGCAUUUGACGGCCGCCUCUCUAGUGGAUCACCUUGCCAUUGAAAAGCCUGUUGGAGCAGUACUUUUCGAUAUCCACUUAGAUUUGUCGUAUGUGGAGCUGGCCAAAGCCAUCAGGCAUUUGCAGGAGAAUGAUGACUGCCAGUUGAUAGCCGGUGGUAGCGAUGUCAUCAUGCCACUGGCGCAGAAUUUCAAUGUGGCUGGGUUCUUUGAUUUUCUGGAGCAUGUUAAGCGUUACACCCAACGGGAGGCCACAUUCCUAGGCAAACCAUCGCCUAUUUUGGGCGAGAUGUUUGGCGAAAUGUUCGAAAUCCGAGAUCCAAAGCGAUGCAUUUUUAUCGGCGACACUCUGGUGCAGGAUGUACAGUUCGGCAAGGCAUGUGGCUUCCAGUCCCUGCUGGUGCUUAGUGGCUGUCUGACCAAGGAAGAUAUGUUAAAUGCACCUGUCGAAACCCAGCCUGAUUACUAUGCGGAUAGCUUGGCGGACUUCACGAAGUUGCUUGAAAAUAUUCAAAACUAGAUUCUGGACACUAUUGCAGGGAAAUCAAAAGAAAAAAGCUACCUGAAUGAAACUAAAACAUAAAUAAGUGCGGAAAGUAAUAUUCCUAAAAUGAAAACCGAUCCACCGCAAUGUUACAUGUUUUUUAGAGUAUUUUGGCUAAACCUAAAAAUCUUUGUUGUUAUACAAAAACUGUGUAACUAUUGUUGUUUUAUAAAAUUGGCAUUUACUUUCGUAUGCACAUAAAGCGAAUUUAAAACGAGUGUGUAAAUGUCUACUACCAAAAAGUAAAUUAAAAUUGAAAAAAUUGGAAA